AUGAGUUCUGAUCACAUUCGCAAAUAUGUAGCGGAACUUCUUAAUGCACCAGUAUCCUUGCAAAAACAUGGCAUUCGAUAUGCAUUUGCCAGGUUAGAUUCUAAUGAACUCAAAAAUAUUUUUUCAGAGUUAUGGAAAUCUAGUGAAAACAGAAGUAUAAGAAAGGAUAUCUUUUGCGAGACAUAUAAAAGGCUUUGUAGAGAAAGUAAUGAAACAGUUAUUUUAGACGUGUGGGAGUUGUUAAGCAUGUUUAUCGAUAAACUAAGUUUUGAAGAAAAUGAGAAAAUAUACUUAACUCUAAGCAAUUUUGAGGAUAUACCACUUUCUGUUAGAGCAGCAUUUUGGCAGAAGAGCUAUGAAUUUUUUACAAAAGCGCCAGCCAAAUUAAAUUGUAAAAGCUGUAUUGAUGAGUUAAAUGCCAUAAUAACCGAUAUCAUGGAGUAUUUAGAUAUUGAUUUUAUGAGAACAAUGUUUUUCGAAAAUUUUGAUAAAAAGUUCUCUACGCAGAAAUAUGAUUACUGUCAAAAAAUAGCCCUGUAUUUACUUUCAACUAAGUCUGAAUCAGAUCAAAAAGAGCGUUAUGAACAAAUAUUUGUACCACUAAUAGAAAAAGCUGUUGCUAUGUGGGAUAAGCAAUACGAUGAUAUCCACUACACUCGAAAUAAUUUACUUGAUAUAUUUGAUUAUAUGAGUACAGAAUUUGAAGAUUUAGUUUUAAAAAAAGAAAUGGUAUUUCCCAUCGCCAUGUACACUGAUGUCCUGAAUAAACUCCAAAGUAAUUUAUCGAUAAAAGAAAAUUAUUUUCUCUUGUCAUAUGUAAAGUUGUCUUUAGGAUUCAUAACGACUCUGUAUGACCUGAAAACUAAAGUUAAUGAUUCAAAAGAAAAGUCUGAAGAGUUGAUACAUCUGUACAAAAAAACAGCGCCUGUUUUUGGCAGGUUGUGUUUGGAUUACUUAAAGGAAGAUGUUGUAAACAGUGGGCCAAUAGUUUACCUAAUUUUUGCGCAUGUUUUAAAACUUAUAUUCGACAAGUAUGUUCAAUACGAUAAAAUUUAUAAAAUGACUGCCUUAAAAAGUUUCCUUGAUAGCAAAGAUUUUAUUGAAGGCUAUUUAUUGGUAAUGGAACUAAUUUCAGGCUACAAUUGUAUGUCUGAAGACGAUGAAACAGCUCUGAAACAAAAGAUAUUAAAAGAAAUAAGUUUACAUCCUUCGGAAGAAAUCGCAAUGCAUUAUUGGCAUGCCCGCAAUCACGAUGACGGUUAUUAAUCCUCAACCCAAAAAGAGGGGUGUUAUAAAUUUGACGUGUGUAUCUGUGUAUUUGUCUGUGGCAUCGUAGCUUCUAAACUAAUGAACCGAUUUUAAUUU